CCUGUCUUGUUCAGGACUACAAAGAUGAGGAACCUUAUAUUCGCAGCAACCCUACUGCUAUGGCAGAUGGUUGCAGCCCUGACUCCCGCCCAAUGGCGGAGUCAAUCAAUUUAUUUCCUGUUGACGGAUCGCUUCGGACGCACCGACAAUUCGGUCACUGCUAACUGUAACGUUCAGGACCGAAAUUAUUGCGGUGGCACUUGGCAGGGAAUCAUCAACCACUUGGACUAUAUUCAGGGAAUGGGCUUCACUGCCAUUUGGAUUACUCCAGUGACAAAACAGCUCUCCCAAAACACUGGUGAUGGCACGUCCUACCAUGGAUACUGGCAGCAGGAUCUAUACAAUGUCAAUCCAAACCAUGGCACGUCCGAUGACCUCAAGGCACUGUCGAAGGCACUGCACGAUCGAGGCAUGUAUCUCAUGGUGGAUGUUGUGGCAAAUCAUAUGGGCUACGCCGGGGCUGGAAACAAUGUGGAUUAUAGUGUUUUCAAUCCCUUCAGCUCUUCCUCCUAUUUCCACCCCUAUUGUUUGAUCAGUAACUACAAUGACCAGAGCAAUGUCGAGAAUUGUUGGCUCGGUGACACCACUGUCUCAUUGCCAGAUCUUGACACAACACAGAGCUCAGUGCAGAGUCUCUGGAAUAGCUGGAUUUCCAAUCUGGUGUCUACGUACUCCAUUGAUGGAUUGCGCGUCGAUACUGUGAAGCAUGUCCAGAAGUCCUUCUGGCCUGGCUUUAAUAGCGCAGCAGGCGUCUACAGUGUCGGGGAGGUCUUUGAUGGAGAUCCAGCUUACACUUGCGACUAUCAGCACUACAUAGAUGGUGUCUUGAAUUACCCCAUGUAUUACCCACUGCUACGUGCGUUCCAGUCCUCCAGCGGCAGCAUCAGCGAUUUGUAUAACAUGAUUGGCACUGUGGCAUAUGAUUGUGCGGAUUCAACUCUACUGGGCAAUUUCAUCGAGAACCACGAUAACCCACGUUUCCCAAGCUACACGGGCGACUACUCACAGGCUAAGAAUGUGCUCGCAUUCCUCUUUUUAUCAGAUGGUAUUCCCAUUGUGUAUUCCGGCCAGGAACAACACUAUAGUGGUGGAAACGACCCAGCCAACCGCGAAGCUAUCUGGCUCUCUGGAUACUCUACCACAUCAGAGCUAUACCAGUACAUUGCGACUACCAACAAGAUCCGCAAAGCGGCAGUCGCAGCAGACUCCAGCUAUAUCACAAACAAGAAUGUCCCCUUCUAUCAAGACAGCCACACAAUAGCCAUGAAGAAGGGAUCGGGCGGCUCGCCAGUCAUAACAGUGCUUUCCAAUGCCGGAUCAUCUGGAUCCUCCUACACAUUGUACUUGGGUGGCAGCGGAUAUUCAUCCGGCACCAAGCUGAUGGAGCUGUACACCUGCACAUCUGUUACAGUGGAUUCCAGCGGUCAAAUCGCCGUGCCAAUGGCAUCAGGAUUACCACGGGUGUUUAUCCUCGCAUCAUCCGUGAGCAACGGACUCUGCGGCUCAACCGGUCCCACCACCACAGCCACCACAGCGACUCAGACCCAGACCUCUACAACAACCACUACAGGGAGCUGCGUUCAAGCUACUGCACUGCCCGUCUUGUUUAAGGAGCUUGUGACUACUGUCUACGGCCAGAAUAUCUACCUCACAGGAUCGAUCAGCCAACUUGGAACCUGGGACACGACUAAGGGCGUUGCACUAUCUGCAAGCAGCUACACCGCUUCCAAUCCUUUGUGGCAGGCGACUAUCACACUCCCUGUCGGUACAACCUUCGAGUAUAAAUUCUUCAGGCAAACGACCGGAUCUACAGCUGUGACAUGGGAAAGUGAUCCCAAUCGGUCGUUCACGGUGCCGACUGGAUGCACUGGAGCCACAGCCACUGUGAGUGCAAGUUGGAGAUAA